AUGGCUAGCCCACAGGUUCUAGUUUUUUAUGCUGAGGGCCGCCCAGUGAAGUUUGACACCUGGCUAGAUGACCUGCACCUCUACCUACAGCUCACAGCCAAGGAUGACAUCUCACUGUACGAUCACGCCCUAGGCCAUGUCACUGCCCCUGCUGCUACUGCUGACAGCACUGCUCGCUCACAGUGGCAGACUCGUGAUGCCCACGCUCGCUUCGCUAUUCGCAACUCGCUGCCGAUAGACGAACGCGAGCACUUUGGCCAGCACAAGACUGCACAGGUACUGUACACAGCUGUAGUUGCUCGCUACUCCUCACCUGCCUCUGCCGCACUAGGCCGUCUCUCCCUCCCCUACCUGUUUCCUGACCUGACCUCUUUUGACACAGUCGCUGACCUCAUCACGCACCUCCGUACUAGUGAGGCCCGCUUCCGUGCAGCCAUGCCCGCUGAGUUCCUUGCCACGCACCCCCCUCCACUCUGGCUCACUCUCUACCACCUAGUCACCCGCCUCCCUGACACACUUCGUGCUGUCAGGGACCACUUCGUAGCUCGCUGCCCCACUGAGCUCACCAUUGCCCUCCUCGAGAAGGAACUGCUUGCAGUUGAGACUAGCAUAGUCGCUGUAGGUGCCUCUCGUGGCGACCCCCGAACCCCGUUCUUUGAGGGGUGUUCUCCUUCCCCCCUUCUUCCCUCUGUCGCCUCUGCUGCUGCUGUCGACCUUCUUGGUGCUGAGAAGGUCGGCGCUGCGUCUAAUUCGAGCGCGCGCCGCAGCGGCAAGGGCAAAGGGGGCAAGGGUGGUGGUGGCGACGGCGGGGGAGGCGGCGGUGGGGGCGGUGGAGGCGGCGGGGGUGGUGGCACGACUGGGGGGACUAGUGGCAGCGGUGGGGGUGGUGGCGGCAGCGGCGGCGGAGGUGGCAGGGGCGGAGGCGGUGGUUGGGGUGGCGGUGGACGAGGCGGCGGCAGGGGUUGGGGUGGUCGAGGAGGUGGCAGCGGUGGUGGUGGCCGUGGAGGCGCUGGCGGUGGCCAGGGCCAGCAGCACACUCCUUCGCCCCAGGAAGUCCGUGAGUGGUACUCUCAGCACGGGGGUGGGGGUGGUCUUAGCUGCACGUACGUCAUUCGCACUGGUGACCGCACUGGUCAGCAGUGUGGACGACCGCACGCCACACAGCGCUGCUUCGCUCGUCUCGACGACGCUUGGCGUGUUCAGUUCCCUCAGGCCACUGAACUGCCCCGCUGGAUUGAUCUCCUGAAGAAGGGGAUUGAUAUCUAUGCUCUAGACUUUGAUGCUAUUCUAUCUGCUAUGUAUGUGAUGUCUACUAGUGGAGAGGGUGCUGAGUACUUGUGUGCUGGUGAGGCAGCUGCUCUAGGUGCUUGUGUGUCUGCCCCCCUUGGUACUGAGUCGACUGCAGCACUACACACCUUCACACUGGACUCAGGUGCUUCUCGCUGCUUCUUUCGUGACCGCACUGCCCUUGAGCCGCUUGCUCGGCCAGUUGCUGUCUCCCUUGCUGACCCCUCUAGGGGUCCGUUCAUUGCAACCUCUUCCACGGCCCUUCCCUGUCCUGCGGUCCCGUCGGGCACACUGUCAGGUCUCCACCUCCCCUCGUUCUCUACGAACCUGGUGGCAGGAUGUGCGCUCCAGGACGGGGGUGUUCACCAGUUCACCCCUGCCUACGAGCGAGUGACACACUGCACGUGUGCUCGUACAGGCCGUCACUUGGCUACCUUCACUUGGCAGCCGGGGUCGGACCUGUACACACUGACCACUGAGUCCCCUCAGGUCGUUGCGUCUGCGUCUGCGUCCGCGUCAGGUCAGCUGUCGGCCCCCUGCUCGUGUCGCUCUCUGGCACACGAGACUGUCCUCUGGCACCACCGCCUUGGCCACCCGUCUGUGCAGCGGCUUCGUGCCAUGCACUCCCGGUACCUUGUCUCUGGCCUGCCCAGGGUCCUUCCUCCCCUCCCACCCUCACCUGCUCCUACCUGUCUCCCCUGUGUCGAGGGACGGCAGCGCGCCACUCCUCACUCCUCCUCGUUUCCCCCGACGACUGCUCCCUUGCAGACGCUCCACAUGGACGUGUGGGGGCCAGCCCGCGUCCGUGGUCAGGGUCAGGAGAGGUACUUCCUGAUAAUUGUUGACGACUACUCGCGCUACACCACGGUCUUCCCCUUGCGCACCAAGGGUGAGGUCCCUGAUGUCUUGAUCCCUUGGAUCCGCAGAGCCCGUCUCCAGCUCAGCGAGCGUUUCCACUCGGACUUUCCUGUCCUGCGCUUGCACUCUGACAGAGGUGGUGAGUUCUCCUCCGACCUCUUGGCAGCCUACUGUGCUGAGCACGGCAUUGAGCAGUCGUUCACGCUUCCGGCCUCUCCACAGCAGAAAGGGGUUGCUGAGCGCCGCAUUGGCCUGGUCAUGGAGGUCGCCCGUACCUCCUUGAUCCAUGCGGCUGCCCCCCACUUUCUGUGGCCGUUUGCGGUCCGGUACGCUGCGCAUCAGCUCAACCUCUGGCCCCGUGUCUCCUUGCCGGAGACCUCGCCCACGUUGCUGUGGACGGGGGAGGUUGGUGAUGCGUCGCGUUUCCGGGUCUGGGGAUCUCGAGCUUUUGUCCGCGAUACGUCUGCGGACAAGCUCUCCUCCCGUGCUGUUCCCUGCGUCUUCCUCGGCUUUGUCCCGGACGCGUCUGGUUGGCAGUUUUACCACGCCACCUCGCGCCGAGUCUUGCCCUCUCAGGACGUCAAUUUUGACGAGUCCGUCCCCUACUACCGUCUCUUCCCCCACCGCACUGCCCCGCUCCCCCCCCCCGCCUCUCUUCCUCGCCCCAGGUGGUGCUGUUGUAGACCCCCCCCCCCCCCCCUCUGGGUGCCGCUCCCUCAGGAGUGUCUCAGGUAG